AUGGAGUUGCCGGUGAUAGAUCUCGAGUCCUACCUUAAUCUCUCUCUGGAGAUGGAGGGCGGCGGGGGGGGAUGUGAGGGGGAAGGGUUGGACCGCACGCUGCAGGAGAUGUGUUCCAUGGUGAGCAGGACGCUGAGGGAAACAGGGGCGCUGCUUGUGAAGGAUCCGCGGUGCUCUGCCGAGGACAAUGAUCGGUUCCUAGAUAUGAUGGAGAGAUACUUCGCGCGCUCCGACGAAUUCAAACGCCUCCAGACACGCCCGAACCUCCAUUACCAGGUUGCUUUUCUGUACUUUCUUAACACCCCCUCGUGUUUCUGGACCUUCGAGCAAUUCGCCCAGCUGUUUUAUGGUUGAUCAUGAAGUUUCUAGAUCGUAUACUUUAUUUUCUCCAUGGGAUCUAGGUUUCCAUACCUUCGGUGAAAAAUCAGAACGGCAUGCAGAAUGGCAUUGAUUUCUAAUCCGCUUGUCUCAUUGUGGUUAUGAUAGAAUACGUUUUUCCCCCCAUCAGGUUUCUAUGUGUUGGAUCGAGGCUGGAUCUUUAAAUUCCUGCAAUUUUUUCGCAGAAGCGUUUUUCGCUUGACUCUAUUUCAGGGUCCUUCUUGAGAGCAUAUAUUGCUGAGUGCACUGUGCUAACAAUUAAUCGUGAAGAUAGCAACAUAAUCAUUUUGUGUUCAACAACAAGAAUAGGUAGGAGUGACCCCAAAGUGUGUUGAGAUACCAAGGAGUCUGGUGGACGAGGAAAUGCAGGAGAAAGUAAGAAAGAUGCCGGAGGAAUUUCGACCGCUUUUACCCUCAGGGCCGGAUCCUAAAUGGAGAUUCAUGUGGAGAAUUGGCCCCCGACCAUCAAACACCCGCUUUCAGGUGCUGCAUUGUCCCGCAAUCAAAAGAAAGUGCGGUCUAUAUUCUCGUGCCCGAUUUAUGACUUAUUAUUCUUUUACUCUAGGAAUUGAAUUCUGAACCUAUUGUACCAGAAGGUUUUCCUGAGUGGAAGGAGACGAUGGAUUCUUGGGGACUCAAAUUGAUAUCUGCAGUUGAGGUGGCUUUGUUAUGUUUCUCGGAUUUCUUCUUGCUUCUUUUCGUGGAAUCUCCUCCUUCUCCCUCUCGGUGUCUCAGAUUCUGGUUUCUGACGCAGGUUGUUGCUGAGAUGGCAGCUAUUGGAUUUGGCCUGGAAAAGUAUGCAUUUACUACCCUUAUGAAAGAGGUAAACGGCAAUAGGGUUUAGCUGCGGUGUCUUUGUCUAUCUGCGUUGAAACGAAGCCAAACAAUUUAUAUGGAUUUUUUUCUUCUCUUGUGCUAUUCCAGUGAAUGAUUUCUUGUUGAAGUGCAUUGUUUUUCUAAUCAGUGAUCAAGUGAAUAACAAUGAAAAACACAUAACUCAGUCUAUCCAUUCACUGCUAUUGGAUUUAGGAUGGUUGGUUGAUAGAAGAAAAAAUUUUAUCGUGCGUUCUCGCUAAUUGAUACUGAAGUUAAAGGACUGUUUCUUGCUCGACUGUAACUUACAAUGAUUGUCUGUAGUCCAGCUGCGUUGCUCAGACCUGGCAUACACGUUAUAGGAAAAUAUAAUUCCAUUUUUUGAAUCAUCGAGAUUCAAGGAUUUAUUGUUCUAUUUUAUUUUUUGAUAAUAUGGAAAUGGCAUAUCUGAAUUUUCGAAUGGUUAAGUUUUUUUAGUCACUUUAUUUUUUGUUUACAUUCAUGAUAAGAUUUGCCAAAAUAACUCUGUACCCAAGCAUUCCAAUAAAAGGUGCAUCCCUACUCCAACAGUGCUCCAUUAAGAAUGACUGUGCAUGAUAAGGAUGUUGCUAGUAAGUAUUCUGCUGUAAUAAAAAAAUUACCUGUCUAUUUUUUGCUCAUCUGACAUACACAUGCUUUCGUUAAUCAGUUUAAUUCUCCAUACUCUAGGUGUUGCAGUUAGUCACGAACUAUGAUUCUGAAGUUUCCUAGAACGCUCAAGCUGAUCUUUAUGCUACGUCAUUAUGAAUUUUCUCCUUGAUGUUUGCGAGGAUUUUAAUUCAAAAUGCCAGGUUUUUCUUUAUAGUGAUAGUUAUUGAAACUUCAGCAUUAUAGACUUAAAGUUGCUAAUGAAAGAAUAUUCACUUUUUUCGCUGCUAAUAAUUGAAAGAUUCGAAUACUACCGGUAGUCAACUCAUUUCUGGAUCUUAGCUUUAAUGAUAGCUUCUGUAGAAGUUCAUUUCGGUGAAAAGACAACAAAAAGAAAGAAAAUUUCUGACAUCUUGAUCUUCAGCCUGAACAGUCAUCAUUGACAAUCUUUUCUUGAAAACUAGGGGCCCCACCUCCUUGCUCCAACAGGAAGUGAUCUUCAGGGCCAUGGGCAGAAGAACACCGUGUUUGCAGGAUAUCACUAUGACCUCAACUUUCUGACCAUCCACGGGAGGAGCAGAUUCCCCGGUCUAAAUAUCUGGUUAAGAAACGGGGAGAAAAUGGAAGUCAAUGUCCCCAUCGGGUGCCUUCUUGUCCAAGCCGGAAAAGAGGUAAUAUACAGUAUUCUUUCCUUGUGCUUGACAAGUUUUCCUCUCUGUUCAGUUGGCCUCCUUACUAAAUAUAACUAAAAGAUCAUUGCCCCCUCUUGUUCAAAGAAGGUAGGGAUACAAGAGGAUCAUAUCAAGAUCCCCUUUCAUCGCAGCUCCUGUUUAAGAGUGCCGGAGAUAUCUUCGAGCUCUUUUUUUCUUGAGAAAAUAAGAUUGAGAGGAGAUGCAUUUCAGUGCUUACCAUAAAGCACUAAGGACACCGUCUCUUCCCUGCCCGCUUCGUCUCUUCUAGAGAAGAACCAACUGAAGCCUAGCAUUCUGCAAAAGAAACCGUCACAAUGGACGACGUUAAGGCUAAAAACUUUAAAGAAGAGACAUCUCCGUUGAAAAUCCCACGAAGAACCAGCGCCAUCCUUCUCAGAGAACUGCCCAUCUGUUUGGCGUCACACCUCCUGCAUCCUUCAUCAUAUAUUUUUCACUCCACUUGGGUUGCGUGUAUCCAUGGUUGUUUCUUUGUCCAUUCAAUUUCUUGUGCAGUGUCCAUGAUCAAGAGAGUUAGGCACCUCGGAUCCUGAUGUCACUAGAUUAAUGACUCUAUUACCUAGUGGCUCUGCUUUGAUUCAUUCGCAGCUCGAAUGGCUAACCGGAGGAGAAUGCUUAGCUGGGAUGCACGAUGUCGCGGUGACUGACAGUACCCUUCGCUCAAUCGAAGCAGCCCGGAUCGAGGGCCGCAGCUUGUGGAGAGUCUCGUCAACGGUCAGUUGACCUGCAUCCCAACUUUCCUCCGAUUUCCUUCAAUAUCUUUCCAAAGGCUUGACCUCGGGUUGACGACGUUUUCUCCUCUGGGUCAACCAGCUCUUCGCCCAUAUUGCUUCAGAUGCCGUACUACAUCCUCUGGGCUGCUUCGCAGGAUCGCCAUUGGCACCCAAAUACCCACCAAUCUGUGCCGGGGAGUUCGUGGAGCAAGAGCUCUCUGUGAUCAAUCUGAAGGGCAAGCCAGCCUAA